UUGAUUCUCUUGAGAUCGCCGACGUUGCCGCUGGAGGCGGACCAGCAUGUCCGCACCACCGGCGCCGCCCACCUGGUCCCCGCCAUCCGGCGGCGCGACCGGCUCGGAAUUGGAGCCCGACUCGCCGUCGUCCGAUGGCACCUCUUCGCCCCGGGCGCCGCCCACCGGCACCAGCAGCAUCGCGUCCUCGUCCACGCCCCCGGCCACCGGCCCUGGCAGCGGCGGCGGCGGCUCGCCGCCGCCCCGGUGCGCCGUGUGCAGGCACAAGCGGCAGCGGUGCCCGCCGGGCUGCGCCCUGGCGCCCUACUUCCCCGCCGACGACCCCGACAGGUUCCGGAGCGUGCACCGGGUGUUCGGCGUCAGGAACCUGCUGCGCGCCCUCCGGGAGGUGCCCCGCCCGCGGUGGGACGCGUGCGUGCGGACCCUGGUGCACGAGGCCAGGAUGCGGCUGGCCGACCCCGUGCGCGGCUGCGUCGGGGCGAUCGAGGACCUGGAGGCCCAGCUCGUGGACACGGCCGUCGAGCUCGAGGUCCUGCGCCGGCGGCAGGAGGCGUACCGGCAGGCGAAGAAGCGCCGCGGCCUCCGGUGGUUCCGGCCGGCGGACCCUGGCAAUACUCUCCGCGUGGCAACCGGCGACGGCCGGGCUCGCCGCGACGCAGGCACGGCUUUCCCCGACGCAGCCGCAAGUUCUCUCCUCCUGGGCGUCGGCGACGACCGGGCUCACCGCGACGCAGCCACAACUCUCCGCGAUGCUGCCGCCACAACUAUCAUGCACCGGCAUAAUGUUCUUGCCAAUCUUCUUAUUCCAUUCGUUCUCUAA